CAAAGGCUAAAGGAAACUCUCUCUCUCUCUCUCUCUCUCUCUCUCUGAAUUUAAUUGAGAUUUAAAUGAUCGGAUAAACCAUAUUUCGAAAACUCUGGUACACCCUCCGGGGGUAUUGCAGUUGAUGAUGGGAUUUUGCAUCUGUCCGUUGGAAUCUCCGACGAGAUUACUAUGGAGUACAAGCUUCUUCCGACAUAAGAUCAUCAUCAUCUUCUAAUCCUCGCUUAGCUUCAUCGGUCUUUCUCUUUACUUUGAACCCAAUCCUCUCUGUUUCCUUGUUCAUUUUACAUCUGCUAUUUUCUUUCUGGUUAACCGAUGGAAUCCAAUUCCUUUUUCUUCGAUCCUUCUCUCUCCCAUGGCAACAUGUUCUUCCUCAAUCCCGCCGCCGUCCAAGGAGCAAGAUCGAUGAUGAACAUGGAGGAAUCAUCAAAGCGAAGGCCCUUCUUUUGCUCCCACGAGGAUCUCUACGACGAUGACUAUUACGACGAUCACACACCCGACAAAAAGCGUCGCCUCACUUCCCAACAGGUGCAUCUGCUGGAGAAAAGCUUCGAGACGGAGAACAAGCUGGAGCCAGAGCGCAAGACUCAGCUUGCCAACAAGCUUGGUCUUCAGCCUAGGCAAGUUGCUGUCUGGUUUCAAAACCGCCGCGCUCGUUGGAAAACAAAGCAGCUCGAGAGAGACUUCAGUCUCCUCAAGUCUUCUUACGACCAACUCCUCUCUAACUACGACUCCAUCCUCAAGGACAACCAUCUCCUCAGAUCCGAGUUGACUUCCUUGGCCGAGAAGCUCCAAGCCAAAGAAGACACAACUAACAAGCCACCGGGUCAAGUGCCCGAAGCAAACCCCCAGCAGCAGCUUCAUCCGGUGAACAUGAACCAUAUCGAACCGCCAAUCAAAACAGAGGACCGGUUGAGUUCAGGGAGCACGGUACUAGACGAAGACGCACCUCAACUACUAGACAGCUGCGACUCUUACUUCCCUAACAUCGCACCCAUCCACCACUCGGAGGAACACAACAACAACGGCAGUGUUAAUGAUCUGAGCUGUUUCGUUGACGUAUUUGUGCCCACCACUUCGCCGCCGCACGGUCACGGUGAAUCAUUAGGAUUCUGGGGCUGGACUUGAAUGUUAAAUGCAAAAUACAAUCUGUAUUUUAUAUUUUAUGUUUUAUGUUUUUGUGUGUGUGUUUUUUCCUUAAAAUACAGCAAUGUCGUUUCCAUGUUGACGUAAAUUUGUGGACGGGUGGUGUGAUUCCCCAAUUCCACGGUAUUUAUCAGUUAUUAUAUAUAAAUGUUACUGUGAAAACAUGUUUAUAAAGAGUCAAAAGUGAAAAAAUA